GAGGCCACUCCCGGCCCCACAAUGCACUGCGUGGCGCGUCACUCUGAGCGGCGGGUCCAGGCUCGACAGGUCUUCACUGUCAGUUGAAAUGUCUGUGAUUUUAUCUGCCUCAGUGGUUCGUGUCAGAGAUGGACUGCCACUUUCUGCUUCUACUGAUUAUGAGCAAAACACAGGAAUGCAGGAGUGCAGAAAGUAUUUUAAAAUGCUCUCAAGAAAACUUGCUCAACUUCCUGAUAGAUGUACACUGAAAACUGGACAUUAUAACAUUAAUUUUAUUAGCUCUUUGGGAGUGAGCUACAUGAUGUUGUGCAGUGAAAGUUAUCCAAAUGUUCUCGCCUUCUCUUUCCUGGAUGAGCUUCAGAAGGAGUUCAUUACUACUUAUAACAUGAUGAAGACAAAUACUGCUGUCAGACCAUACUGUUUCAUUGAAUUUGAUAACUUCAUUCAGAGGACCAAGCAACGGUAUAAUAAUCCCAGGUCUCUUUCAACAAAGAUAAAUCUGUCUGACAUGCAGAUGGAAAUCAAGCUGAGGCCCCCUUACCAAAUUCCUAUGUGUGAACUGGGGCCAGCCAAUGGAGUAACAUCUGCAUUUUCUGUUGAUUAUAAAGGUGCUGGUAAGAUUUCUUCUGCUCAUCAACGACUGGAACCAGCAACUCUAUCAGGGAUUGUGGCAUUUAUCCUUACUCUUUUAUGUGGAGCUCUGAAUUUAAUUCGAGGCUUUCAUGCCAUAGAAAGUCUCCUGCAGAGUGAUGGUGAAGAUUUUAAUUACAUCAUUGCAUUUUUCCUUGGAACAGCAGCCUGCCUCUACCAGUGUUAUUUACUUGUCUACUAUACCAGCUGGCGGAAUGUCAAAUCUUUUUUGACUUUUGGUUUAAUCUGUCUAUGCAAUAUGUAUCUCUAUGAACUGCGCAACCUCUGGCAGCUUUUCUUUCAUGUGACUGUGGGAGCAUUUGUCACACUGCAGAUCUGGCUGAGGCAAGCCCAGGGCAAGGCUCCUGAUUAUGAUGUCUGACACCCUCCUUCAGAUGUGUUGCUUUGGCUUCAGGGGAAAAUGGAGGGGACAUAUCUUAACUGCCACUGUGAUGAAGAAACCAGUCACCACAAAUGAGAAGCUCUGCAUUCUUUUUCUCCAAUUUUCCUUGUUUUUAAAUCAGCAUGGCAUGCCUGUGAGCGUGCGAGACCUGGUAGGGAGACUCCUCUCUGAAGAAUUUUGGUGUGAGCUUACCUAGAGAAGGAGGAGCCUUGUCUCUUCACGACCGUAAGAGUGGAAGAA